CCACGACUUCUAUUACGGCUACCCUUAGAGCAUCCUCAUCCUCAGUACGCGACCAUCCUUGCCGCUUUUUUUACUCGAAAAACAAGCCAAGGAUGCCUCGUCCAAGGAUGCCAUAAUGAGUAAUGAUGCUGUACUAGCUCUAAUUCUGCUAAAACAAGUACAACUUCUUCUCGUCUUUCAUCAAGUUCCAGUACCAGUUCAUCUUCAAAUCCUUUUGUAUCAAGAACAUCAUCAUCAUCAUCGCGAGGAUCAAAGAUAUCCAAAUUGCGUCUAGUUUUGACAUCGAAAAGACAUCAGCAGGGGAAAAACAACAAGAAAAUGCGAAGGUCUGGAAGAAUAUCUUCCUCGAGUCUUUCUUCAGCAUCUUCACCCGAUGAAUUACUCAACGACCUUGUUGCACCAGAGGAAGACGAGGACACUUCAACUUCUACGACAAACCUCUUCUUCCUACAGGAAUUGGGCCUAACGACAACGGGACCUGGUCUAGUCUACUUCAUGUGCUUUCUCUAUGUGGGGCUGUUUCAGGUGUGCAAGACUCUGCUUCACUCUUAUAGGACAAGGGGAGAAGGACAAGGAGGUGUACAACUUCAAGUGGAGUCAGACUGCUCUCUACCUGGAGGACGACCCUCAAAAGAUAUCGGAGGAAGUAGUUCUUCUAGAAGUGGUGUUGCGCAGAACAAAAAUGAGGAGGAGGAUACCUCGAAAACCUCUAGUAAAGACCCUUCGAAUAAAACAGAACGAGACCUUGAAGAUGUUCUUGAUGUAGGUUCCGUCGUGAAGAACCCUACACCUGCCCCUGCCGUGAAGAAUCUCAUAACUACUUCCCCUGCUCUAGAGUAACCAUGGCCGCGACAGUUCUUUCUUGUACCCAAAUUUUUGGUAUGAUCGACUCCCGGUCAUCUGAUUCAAUCAUCUCGACACAAAAAAUGUCAUCGUGCAGCUUCCACCUCGCGUAUCCCAUCCCACGCCUGAGGAGAGGUUAUCAUAUAAAUUUCGCGUUUUGUGAAAGUGAACCAUAAAGAUGAAUGCUUGUUAAGCUGUUAAUGUUAAAGUUACACUAGUUUGCCAUAUUAUCUGUUGUUCCCUUAAUAUACCCCGUUCGUAUUCUCCCCUCCCCUGAUUUUCCAAGAACGACUUGUUCUCGAAGGAUGAGGCAAAGGCAUGCUCUGGUAAUGAUUUUGUCUGGUGGUUACACUAACUACAAU